UUAAUGUGUCUCUGUUAAUUUGAUGAAAGGCGUGAUGAUAAAAGCUGCCAAAAAACUCAACAAGCUUUGGUCCAAAAAGAGAAACAAGAGGCAUCAAAUUCAGCAUCGUUACUAUUACCCUCCUCCUCAACGGCCGCCGCCACCACCACCACCACCAUUUAUCGGCGAGUGUCGGCAUUGCUGCUAUUGCUCCAGCUCCACUCAGCCAUCAGCUCCACCUUUACCUGAAUCGUCAUCGUCUUUGUGGCUUGAAGCUGAGCGCAACAACAACUAUGGCACAUUCUUCGCACAACCACAAGAACAAGAAGAAGAGCCUUAUUACGCAAGUGAAACGCAAAUAGAAGAAGAAGUAGCCAUGGCAGCUUCGGAACCUGUUUAUGGCGUUCCGGUGCUGCCACUACUACCUCAAACAGAUACAAGAAGAAGAGACAGAUCUCGCCGUGUUUAUAGCUUUGGCGCUUACCUGUUUCAAUGCCUCUGUCCAUGUUUUCGCAUUAGAGAAAGUGAUAGUAGUUUGAAUUGAAGUCGGUUACCCUUUUGUAGAUUCCAGUUUACCAUGUCAAUCAUAGACUCUUCGUGUUCCUUAAAUUGGAAUGAUAAUGGAAGAGAUCUAUGCUUGACAUGGUCAAUUGGAGUCGAUCGAAGUUUCUAUUAAAAUUAAUUCGAAUAAUCUCAUACAAUGUUUUUUUUUAAUACUAAAAAUAGGAGACUCGAAUCUGUAACUUCUUAAUUGAGUAUGAAGAGACUAUAUCAUUUGAGCUAUUAC